CGUGUUGACCAGAAGAUUCGAGAGAGUCAGAGAGAGAGGGCGACGGAGAGAGAGUCACUCACUGCCGUCGGAUUGCAGAGAAGGGUGAAAUAACGCAUCUGUCAGCGGGCAGCCGGGCGCUAUUAUUCUCUCGGGUACAUACCGGAUAUCCUCAUUCAGGUGCAACGAUGGGCAGUCAAGAUCUACCGAAAGGUGACAAGCUUAUAUUGAGAGGUUUGAAGUUCCAUGGUUUUCAUGGGGUGAAGCCAGAAGAGAAGAAGCUGGGUCAGAAAUUCCUGGUGGAUGUCGAUGCAUGGUUAGAUCUCAGUGAAGCUGGUAAAACUGAUUGUUUGACAGAUACUGUCAGUUACACCGACAUCUACAGAAUAGCUCGAGAGGUCGUUGAGGGGCCAUCUCAGAAUCUUCUUGAAUCAGUGGCCCACCUCAUUGCAAACACCACUCUAACAAAGUUUCCUCAAAUAUCUGCUGUCCGGGUGAAGGUUGGGAAACCUCAUGUUGCUGUUCAUGGCCCUAUUGAUUACUUGGGAAUUGAGAUACUCAGAUGCAGAGAAGUCAAGCCCAGCUCAGCUGGGACAAGUUUUAUGAUUUAGCAUUGUAUUAGGAGAAAACCUUAUGUUUUAGUUGCUGUGUUGCAAAUGCUAUUUACCCAUGUGAGUAUGUUUUAUGUUGAGAUGGAUUGAUGGGUUGACAUUGUCACUCAAAUCAUAUGCCGAAAUUGUAAUUUUACUUAUAUUUUGAUUUUAUGCUCGAUUGAGU